AUGGUGUGCGUGGCCACCUGUUGUCACCAUCGCUGCGAUGUUGACAGCUAUGUGAACAGGCCUUUCCUGGAAGCCUUGGGCCUUUGCAACUCACCGGAGGACUUCCUCCAGUUGGUCUCCACGGCCGGUUGGGCCGUGGGCGGUGAGGGGCGGCGAGACGUGCAAAAGCGUCGGGUGGGAAUGAUGGCCAAGAGGAUUCUGGAUUUGGGCCGCGUUGCCUGGCUUCGGAAGGAGUUGCACCUUGAUGACGCAUCCUUGACCGAAUACAUCAGCAAGGCUGUGACGCCAGAGAACAUGGCCAUCACUGCCGGUGCAGCAAAGAAACCUGCACGAGGCGGUGCUCAUCGCUCUGCGAUGUUGUGCUGUGCGUGGUGUGCUGGA